UAAAACUUUUUCUGUUAUCUGUAUGAAAUCAGUGAUGUGUCAAACAAGGUUUUGAUUGAAUUUAAGAUAUUCUGCUUGUCUUCAUCAUUUUUAGCUAUUAUUUUUACAUUGGUCACUCUAAGUGUUCUGUAGAGUCAUAUUUUUCAAUUAUAUGAGUUCGUUUUAUUAUUAAUAACCUAUAAAAAUGAUGCCAAAAAUAAAUCAAUCAGAUCCAGUAUUGUCUUAUAUGGAUGGAGUUCAAGUAAAAAUAGCUGAAGCUUAUAAACCACCACGAAAAAUAACUCUUCCUAUUGCUUAUAAUAAUAACAGUAAACUUCCAGAUAUUACAAAAUAUUGUUAUGAUGUCAAUUUAGAAAAAUCAGUUUUAAAUAAGUUAAAAGACUGGCGUAUGGUUAAGUUGACCCAACAUGAAUCUUGGCAAACUCGUAUGGCGGAAAAAAAAAAAAAGAAGAAAGAGCAGUUGAAUAAUUCUCCUGUCCAUUCAGUACUAUCAUCCACAGUUAAAAUUUCUAUUCCUCAAACCACAAUACUCAUUCCUGAACCUCUAUCUUUACAAGCAAAAGGUUUUCAUAAUGAUGAUUGCAACGUGAAAAUUAAUGGGUUAGAUUAUUCAGAUUUUGACAAUGACACUAGUAGUCCUUUUGAUAAUAUGGAAUUGAAGACCAUAAAUGAAAUGGAAGAGCUUGCACGAGUUUUACAGCCGACAUCAGCGUGGAUACCUUCAACAAGAAUAGAAAAUAUAUUAAAAGAAUUAAAUCUCGAAAGUAAAUCAGAAAAUCAUGGAGAUGAACAAAUGAAUAAACUUAAUGUAAGAGAAGACAAAACAGAUCGUAAUAUUUCAAAUGGUCAGCAAGAGUUAAAUCAACAAAACAUUUCUAUAAUUGUCAAAGAACUACAAAAAGAAUUAGAUUGCCUUCGCAUGAAAAAUUGGAAGUCUUGGACAGAUUUAGAAAGUUCAGAAUGUGAUACAGAUCCAAAUUUCAAUUGCCUAAAUAUUAAUCCAUCAACAGAGUCUACAAUAUCAGGAUUUAGUAAUGAACAUGAAAAAUUAGCCGAACAUUUAAGUGAUAUGGGAUUUCCUUUACGUCGUGUCAUUCAAGCCAUCAAUAAUCUUGGAGGAGAAGAUAAGAAAGUAGUUGAAUAUCUAUUAGCUGUUCAGUAUCUUGAGGAAUCAGGAAUUUCAAGUGAUGAUGCUGAAAGUGCAUUGUCUCUUAACAAUUAUGACCAAGAAAAAGCAAAAAAAUACCAUGAAAAUUUGUGUACGUUAAUGAAUUUCGGAUUUACUAAAGAUAAAUCUUCGCAAGCACUUCUUGAAUGUGAUAAUGACCGUGAUAAAGCUCUUGAUUUGCUAUGCACGUAAUACUUGAUUGUUGCUAUUUCUUGUAUGAUAAUUGACAACAUAAUGGUAGCUUUUUACUAUCAUUUUUUAAAUAAUGUUAAUAGAUUUUAAAUAUAUCUGAAUAUUGAUCACAA